AAUAGCAAUGCCUGCGUCGAUGCUCAACAAAUGGACAUCUACAGGGACUUGAUACUCAGACAUCUCAUCCAAGACAUAAGCACCACAUGCGCCAAACUCGGUUUGCCAACAGAUGCUCAGAAUUGGACGCAGGAACAUGGUUCGCGUUGGAUUUCGGAAAUGUGCCAACAAUUCAGCCUGACACCACCACGUCAAACAUAUUUGAGCGGUCGAGUACUGCUCAGUAUGACUCAGAAGGACUUCAUAGCACUAGCUCCUGAGGGCGGUGACACACUCUACGCUCAACUACAACUAUGGAAAACCGGUCAGGCAGCAAUAUACGCGCCUUCAUCAGCAGCACUAUUUCAACAACGGUACGUACCACCGUGCCCUAGGCAGGUUGUGUGUGAACCCCUGAACAGCGUUAUUGCAGGAGCGAUCGGAAACGGAGUGCAGGAUGGCCACGCCUUCUUCGGUAAUGGUGUCUUGCCAUCCCCAAGUGACAGCGAUAGAAGCAGUAAUGCAAGUAUGCAUGACAGUGAGUCAGAAUUAUCCUCUCCCUUAAUGGCAAACACGCAAACCCCGCCCACUGAGGAGCAACGCCCGUCACCGUUUCCACGACACUCCGGCACCGUUCAUCUGUGGCAUUUCAUCCGGGAACUACUAGACCACCCCAACAAACAGUAUGGAUCGUGUGUGCGUUGGGUCGAUCGAGACGAAGGAACCUUCAAAAUCGAGUCCUCUCAUCACUUGGCAAGAUUCUGGGGACAGCGAAAGAACCGUGCCCAGAUGAAUUACGACAAACUUUCGCGAAGCCUCCGACAAUACUACAAAAAAGGAAUCAUCCAAAAGCCGGAGAAAAAGCAACGGCUUGUGUACAAAUUUUUACCUCCUUAUAAUCUGUGA